ACAAGCACCCACCGGUCAUGGUGGGGAGCACAUGCAACAUCGAUAUCAACUCUUGUGUCAUGAUGGCAGCCCGAAGAUAUAAAAGGCCGCAUCGCCCGACUGCAUCUCCCAGCUAAUCCACUCUACGAUGACUGACUCCACUCAAGUUGAACCUACCACCACUACCACCACGACCACCACUGCCCCGGUGAUCGCAGAGGAGCCGCACAAGAAACACGGCGUCAGCGCGAUCGUCGACAAGAUCAUCCACCCGCACGGACACGCCCACCAUAAGUCCCACGAAGCCAAGACCGAGGACGUGCCCUCGGUCCCUGUCGCGGUGCCCCAAGAGGCGAGUGACGGUCCCGCGCACAUGGCUCCCGCCGGGAGCGCCGUCGGAGGUGUCUUGUAGGCACUGCCCGGCGCACACCCACCGCUCAUCGAUAAGCGGCUAUCUUUAUUGCGCGAUGUUUGGUGCCCGAGCUAUUUUUGUACUAUGCGGGUGUGGCUGUAAUAUGUAAUGAUCGGAUGCGGUAAUACUGAAAGAGAUUGAUUGAGCACGCUUGACGAGAGACUAUGUGUCGAGUACAUAUUCGAUCGUGCAAUUGGAAAACAUCUCUUGCGAAG